AUGUUUAAGCAAAGCUUCAAUAUUACUUCUUCGGAGUUUGCCGAUGACAAGGAGAAUAGCAAUUCCAAGAAGGAGGAUAUAGCGGAAAUCAAACAAAGGCUGGAGAGAAUAGAAAAAAGGCAGUUGGAAAUGCUCACUAUCCUCAAAAAGUUAACUAAUGAGGACAUUGCUUCCGAGUCGCAUUGGUUUCCCAUAUUAACUAUGGGAGACUUAGAAAAAGUAGACCAACAGGUAAAGGAGCAAAAAAUUGCUAACGGAAAUGUGGCAAAAAAUUUUGAUAGCAUUAUAUCCAAGGAUAUAAUCCCAAACCUUAACUAUGAUGGCUUAAACGGCAAAAAGCCAUUUAAAGAGUUCAAAUAUUUGAACGAUGCUCUUGCUGAUGCUAUCAAAACCGAAGGGUCGACGAAGAAGACGUACAUAGCGACGAUUCGCAACUGCUUCAAAGUCCAGAAAGGUCGACUGGCAAAACAAAAAUUUGACUGCAAAAUUAAAGUAGAUAAUAAGACAUAGCUUAGGUAGAUUUAAUAAAAUAGUAA